CUGAAAUAACAUAUGUUUGUGAGCCAAUGCGGGCUGCUGUAUUGUCACAAAAUAGACACCGGCCAUCUUUUUAGAAAACAGUGUUUGAUUGAUUUCGCCAUCAAAAUUAAAUCAGUUAUUAAUGUCAGAACCACAGUCCGCCUUAUUACUUAGAAAACAACUAGCAGAAUUAAAUAAAAACCCUGUAGAGGGGUUUUCUGCAGGCCUAAUAGAUGACAAUGAUAUUUAUAGAUGGGAAGUUCUUAUUAUAGGUCCUCCUGACACUUUAUAUGAAGGGGGAUUUUUCAAAUGUCACCUUUACUUUCCAAAAGAAUACCCCCUGAGGCCACCUAAAAUGAAAUUUGUAACAGAAAUAUGGCAUCCAAAUAUUGAUAAAAAUGGAGAUGUUUGUAUAUCUAUUCUUCAUGAACCAGGAGAUGAUAAAUUUGGUUAUGAGAAAGCGUCUGAGAGGUGGCUGCCGGUACACACUGUAGAAACUAUUCUGAUAUCAGUUAUUUCAAUGCUAGCAGAUCCCAACGACGAAAGCCCAGCUAAUGUUGAUGCAGCAAAGGAAUGGAGAGAAGCAUAUCCAGAAUUCAAGAGAAAAGUGGCUAGGUGUGUUAGGAAAUCACAAGAGCAGGAGGAGUGUUAGUAGAGCUUUUAAUUUAUAAUUUAAGAAUAAAAUACUUUUUUUAAAAAAAGCAGCCAAUCGAAAAAACAUAAGUUUUUCAUUUUGUAUGUCUCGCGCGGGAGAAAUAUGACUUUCAAAUCGCCAAAUUACCAAUCUAAUAGAACUGCCAGACUCGAAAACCAGAGCAUUAGAUUAGAACUAAAACUUUUACCUAUAUUUGCUUUAGUUAAAUACCUCAUAGUUUUUUAAUAAGUUAUUACGUCGUGUUAGGUUGGUUGAUUUGGCAGUUGUCGCAUGUCUCGGGUAUACUAAAGACUUAAUUCUUACUGUGGGGUGAAUUAUCAUGCUAUUGUGAGAAAAAGUGUUUCUUUUUUUAUUCAAUUUUUUGCUUUAUAGUCAAAAGUCCGCAACACAAUGCUUUAUCAUCGACAUAGUAUUAUUAAAUGUUUUGUAUGAGUAAGACUUUUUGUGAUUUUAAGUUAAAAGUUGUCUAAAAGGAUUAAGAUUAUAUGAUUUUAGAUACAAACUCGCCGUCAUUCACUGUAAACGCUUAUUUAUAUUAGCAUUUCUUCAUACUGUAUUGUUGGUAAAGAUUUGCGUAGCGGGCUAUUGGAAUAUUAGUAAUAUGAUUUAGUCUUAACUUGGACUAAAGAUGGAUCAAUCUUAAACAAGAGAUAAUGAAAUUAUUUAAUAUAUUGUGUUUCUAACAUGUUUGACGUUUAAGAUGUGUUUUAAAUGUCGUUUAUUAACGAUUAUGGCCCACCAAUAGGUUUUCCAGAUCUUUGAAGCAUUUUGCACUUAAAUGUCAAACUCUAAUAACUAGUACCAGCCUUUCGUAUUACAUAGUGCUUACAUUUAUACAAAAAAUGGUCAAAUAUAAUGCUCAAUUGAUACUUGAUAUUUUUUUAUGUUUGAUCUAAACUGAAAUAACCAUUUUACAGUUUCUAAAGAUUCCUAAGUAUAUAAUGUUUUUAUUUCUUACAUUGCAAAGAUCUCUAUAAGAUUUUUUAAAAUAUAUGCAGGCAGUACUGAAUGUAUGAUUUUCUAUUUAGUUUAAUUUUUACGAGAAAUACAUGUGUUUAAAUUAC